AGAAAUUCACUAUCGUAACGUCUUGAUCACAUAAGAAUUCCUUGGAAGGAAUAGUUUUCAUCCUGAUAAUUUGUUUUUAAUAAUUCAAUUUAUUUCAAUUAUCCUCAGACGAUUCACCAUAACAGUAUGGCUAGACAUAGGAAUAUUCGAACUAUGAAUUACGAUGAAGAGUAUGAUGGGUAUGAUGACGUCUAUGGCCAUUCUGUUGAAGAUGAUUAUGCCUCCUCGCCCAGCAUGCAACAUUUCCUUUAUGAUAGAAGUCAAGAACAUCAGAUGUCUGCAUAUAUUCAGUCAGAUAUUCCAGAGGAAGAUGAACUGAUUACAGAUGAAUCCAAAAAUGGAAAUGAUGUUGGUGCACCUUCUAGAAUACCCCCCUUAGGUGAAUUAGAACAAGCCCAAUUGUAUUCCUGCCUUGAUCUUCUUCGUGACAGAAUGGGGGAUGCACUUUCAGAACAAGCUGGCAUUGAUGCCAUUCUAGCAUGUAACUUUGAUGCAGAGAAGGCUCUUGACCAACUGUUGAAGACUUCUGUUGCUUCCUCAUUAAGCAAACCCACAAAAUCAAUCGUCAAAUCAAAACCAGCGCCUGUGAUUCAAGUGGAAAAAAUCAGAGGAUCAGAGUUUCGAGAUGGAAAGACUCCAGUGAAAGUCGUGUCUGCAAAGAAAGUUGUUGCCACCGGGUUUUCGUUGCCCUCGACUAGCACCGAUGCCAGCAGCUCAGCCGACCGCCAGCCAGCAAAACAAGAAUUGGCGGUAGAAGAAACUAGUCGGCAGCUGGGCUACCUCCGAACUCCAGGUGCCACCCCACGUUCCUCAUCUCCGGGAGAUCGAGAAGCUACACCUUCAGCUACACCGUCAGCCACUCCCAAAUCUCAGCCUCGCACACGCGAGAGUCGCGUGGAUGUUGCCAGCGAGUACGUGAAGGAGAGAAGUGGGACCAAGGCAUUGCUCAACUUAGUCGUCGUAGGGCAUGUCGACGCAGGCAAAUCAACGUUGAUGGGCCACAUGCUAUUUCGCUUGGGACAAGUGUCUUCCAAGCAAAUGCACAAAUACGAACAAGAGUCUAAGAAACUUGGCAAACAAUCUUUCAUGUACGCAUGGGUGCUCGAUGAAACUGGCGAAGAAAGAUCGCGUGGUAUCACGAUGGAUGUGGCCCAGUCACAAUUCGAAACCGAAACCAAAUCCAUAACGCUUUUAGAUGCGCCCGGCCACCGCGAUUUCAUACCCAAUAUGAUUUUCGGAGCAGCUCAAGCCGAUGUCGCCCUCUUGGUUGUUGAUGCCACUACCGGCGAAUUUGAAACGGGCUUUGAAAGUGGAGGUCAGACGAGGGAGCAUGCCCUUCUUGUCAGAUCCCUCGGCGUCAGUCAGUUGGGAGUGGUUGUAAACAAAUUGGAUAUGGUCGGUUGGUCUCGCGAUCGUUUCAAUGAAAUUGUAGCUCGUUUGGGUGCCUUUCUGAAGCAGGCUGGCUAUAAAGAACAGGAUGUGUUCUACGUGCCAGUGUCUGGACUAACUGGAGAAAACUUGACAGUUUUGGAUGAACCCAAACUAACUGAAUGGUACAGUGGACCAACAUUGCUUCAAGCUAUCGACAAGUUCCGGCCACCAGAGCGUCCAUUGGAUCGGCCCGCUCGGCUCGUGAUAAGUGAUAUUUUUAAAAGUGUUGGUGGCAGCUCGGGUUGUUGUUUAGCAGGUCGUCUCGAAAGUGGCAUGAUGCAAACUGCUGAUAAACUUCUAAUAAUGCCGCUAAAUGAAAUUAUUCAAAUCAGAAAUAUUGCCAUUAACGAGGUUUCAAAGGGAUCGUGCUUCGCUGGCGACCAGGUGGUUUUGACUGUGAGUGGUGCAGAUCUAAGUGAUGUUGGCCUUGGUUCUGUCUUGUGUGACCCUAGCCAACCGAUUAAAGUAACCUCACGGAUUCAGGCGCGUGUUGUGAUAUUUAACGUCGAUAUACCAAUCACAAAAGGAUAUCCGGUGGUCAUUCAUUAUCAAUCUCUGUCCGAAGCAGCUACGAUCAGCAAAUUGAUUGCACAGAUUCACAAGAGCACGGGCGAGGUGGUUAGAAAGCGGCCUCGAUGCUUAACCAAACAAACCAGCGGUCUGGUGGAAAUCGAGAUUUCCCGACCUAUUUGUAUGGAACUCUAUAAGGAUUAUAGAGAAUUAGGUCGAUUCAUGAUCCGAGCAAACGGUACAACCAUCGCUGCAGGCCUCGUUACCGGUAUUCUGUGAACGGGCUGUCUUUCGCCAUUAAGAUUGGAUAAGAGGUCUGUUUUUUUCCCAUUCGGGCAGUGGUGUUGCGUUUAUCUUUUGUUUUUGCGCACUGGUCUCAAUAUAUGAGAGAAGAGGUUUCCCUAA